AUGCACUUGAAUCCUGUUUUCUUCUGCAGGACGCAUUUGCAUACUGCUUAUUCUUUCUUCUACAUUAAUGCAUACAGCCUUGUCAAAAUGUUUGUUCCGUGUGUGUCGUUUAUUGGGAGCAGGUCAUUGACGACCUCAUGGGUGCUAGUUGAUGCAGACCUCACUUCGGGAUGGCAGCUGUUGGAUAGCAAUGGCUCGUGGUGCCGGCGAUUUCACGUCAUAAUCUGCGUUGGUUCACCUUCACAUCAUGUUACGAUGACCACGUCUGUCUCCAUUUCAAUGCUGCGGCGAGUAUACGAAAAGAAACUCCAGACCAAUCUGUCCAUCAUCUACAAAUGUUGCCGAACACCCCCGUUGAUUAUGAGCUCCGUCGUUGCCAAAAGGGGAGCUCCCGUCUGGUCGGAGAUUUGGAGCUUCAGGGCAAACAUCGAUCGAUAUGCGCCGUCAGCGCAGGCGGGUGCCGCAUGGCUCAAGUGCAGCGGCGAGCUUCGUCUAGCAGCGCGCUUCUCAUUGGCGGGUCGUCUAGACGAGAGGUGCAUAUGCGGGUCCCCUGCAGCCGAGGAAGCUCCCGAGAAGGUUAGAGUCGAUACUUGUCAUUUGCACGUAGGGGCCACACAAAAACAAGUACCUCCAAUUUCAACUCUGUUCGUGACCCUUGACUACCGGCAGAAAGGGGGCAAACACAAAUGUCAACAAAAUUUUGAGUGGCAGAAGGCAGGCGGCAAGGGCCCAAUCGAAAUCCGAGGACACACUGCCAAGUUUGACGUGAAGCCGUCCGGGUCUGAGACUCUCAUCUUCCCGUCCUGCACGCCACCCCUCGACGCCUCGUCUGGUCGUACUCGGAUUCUCCGUCCCAGACCGCCUCCACGUCCCCGAUUGUCUAUCUCAGCUACACGAGAGGUGCAUGACCCCACGCUGAAGAUUUCUGUUAGUCGAAUUGUGAUUUCUCUUUCCCUCUCUGGCUUGGAACCAUUUCGCGAAGCAAUUGGAUCUGUUGCGAAUACAUCAGACGACACUUUGGCGCACUCCCCUUUGCCAACUUUGUCGCAAACCGAAACCAUGGCCGCCCUUGUUUCCUCUCCCAAUGGGAAGAAGGAGCUCUUUGAGGGCAUGGUCGAGACCCCUCGGCGUGUUUCUUCUAGACGCAAGUCUCCCGAGGCCGCCACCGGCGCAGAGGUUACCGAGUCGAAGCCGCAACCCCGUGCCCCGAGACGACGCACCACGGGAAAGUUCCGCGAGGAGCUCGACGACGAGGCAGAGACGGCACCGGCGAACGGCAAGGCCGACUUUGACGAAUCCCUGACCAACGGCCACACCAAUGGCCAUGCCAACGGAUACACCAAUGGACAUGUCAAGGAGGAGCCCAUCGCCAACGGCCACAGCAAUGGUUACGCCCAGGUGAAGGUUGAGACAGCGACCAACGGGCAUGCCGCCACGCCCAAGGAGGAUGCCCAGCCGACGUAUAAGAAGGGCACCAUCAUCGACGGCUGGGAGGUCGGUACGGACCCCAAGAUCGAUGCCUCGGGCGAGUUCGAGUUCGGAGGCAGCAUUGGCACCAUGUCGCUGAUGAUCGGCUUCCCUCUGCUCAUGUGGUACAUGUGGAUUGGAGCCACCUACUAUAAUGGCGGCGUCCCUACCCGUGAGCAGGGCCAGAGCUGGGGCGAGUUUGCCCGUCAUCUCGUGGACCUUGUCUACACCGGCGCAUUCCCCUCUCUGCGCGCCUGGCGCAUCUACUGGACCUUCUUCACCUUCGAGGGCAUCUGCUACUGUGUGUUGCCCGGUGUCUGGGCCUGGGGCAAGCCUCUGGCUCACGAGAACGGCAAGCAGCUCAAGUACUUCUGCAACGCCUACGUCAGCUUCUACUUCACGAUUGCGGUCAUGGCCGUCCUUCACUUCACCGGACUGUUCCCUCUCUACACCUUCCUCGACGAGUUUGGCCCCCUGAUGUCUGUGGCUAUUCUCAGCGGCUUCCUCGUGGCCUUUGUUGCCUACUUCUCCGCUCUCUGGAGAGGUGCCCAGCACCGCAUGACCGGCUACCCCAUCUACGACUUCUUCCUUGGCGCCGAGCUGAACCCCCGCAUGUUUGGCAUCUUGGACUUCAAGAUGUUCUUCGAGGUUCGCAUUCCCUGGUUCAUCCUCUUCGGUCUCAGCUGCGGUGCUGCCGCCCGCCAGUACGAAAAGUACGGCUACGUCUCUGGCGAAGUGCUCUUCCUGGUUAUGGCCCACUACCUCUACGCCAACGCCUGCGCCAAGGGUGAGCAGCUCAUCGUUCCGACCUGGGACAUGUACUACGAGAAGUGGGGCUUCAUGCUCAUCUUCUGGAACCUUGCUGGUGUCCCUCUCUCGUACUGCCACUGCACCAUUUUCCUGGCCAACCACCACCCUUCCGAGUACAAGUGGAACCCCAUCGCGCUCGGCUUCCUCUUCGUCUCAUACCUCUUCGUCUACUGGAUCUGGGACACCACCAACAGUCAGAAGAACGGUUUCCGCGCCCAGGAGCGCGGCCAGCUCGUCGCCCGCAAGACCUUCCCCCAGCUCCCGUGGCAGACGGUCAAGAACCCCAAGACUAUUACCUCGGACAAGGGCGAUGUCAUCCUCGCUGACGGCUGGUACGGCUACGCCCGUAAGAUCCACUACACGUGCGAUGCUUUCUUCGCCAUCUGCUGGGGUCUGAUCACGGGCUUCAAGAGCCCUUUCCCCUGGUUCUACCCCGUCUUCUUCUGUGGCAUGAUUGCCCACCGUGCUGCCCGCGAUAUCCACCGCUGCCGCCAAAAGUACGGUGAUGCCUGGACCCAGUACGAGCGCGAGGUUCCCUACCUCUUCAUCCCCUACGUCAUCUAA